GACGCGACGAGGCAGUCAGACAUCACAUUGUGAGCAAAGAGUCAUGCUUGAUUGCUGAAAUUUGAGGCUACCGCGAGUCUACUAUAGAUACAUUACUAUCAAGAUUCGCUCAUCGUCACGGACAGAUCUUGUCUCGCGACUUGCUAUAGCUCUUUCCACUUAUGCACCAACGACAUGUGGAUACUUGAAAUCCCUGAAUCCUCCGCUCUCAAAUUCAAGUUCAAGCAGCUUCUCCUGCCGCCUGGAAGUCGUUAUACUCUAGGACGUAGCUCAGAAUGCUUCCUUGGUGGUGAAGUCGACAAGACGGUAUCACGUGCCAAUACUGAGAUUGUGGUGGCAGAAGCCAUCCCUGGAUCGCAUGAGCAGUCCAAUGCACGCUCUCAAGUGACACUAAUGGACAAGUCAAAAUUCGGCACUUUUGUGAAUGGUAUCCGAUACAAAUCAACGGACAACAACGCAAUCUAUGUCUUGACGCAGGAGAGCAAUACCAUCCAAUUGGGCAAAUUUGAGUUUGACAUUAAGAUCCUCUGGCAGCCGAUGGUCGUGUGUAUUGUCAAAGGGGCAGUCAAACCCGAUGAAGCUGAGCUGCUUCGCAAAUGCGAUGCAUUGAACAUCAAAGCCUCCCACUCAAUCACUCACAAAACCUCGCAUGUUAUUUGCAAAACUGUCAAUACACCACGAGGACUGCAGGCGCUUAUCAAAGGCUUGCCUAUCGUGUCGCCUGAUUUCAUCACAGCCGUUUACGAUGCUCAAGAUGCUCUACGAAAAGAUAUGAGCAACAUGCCGGACGCUCGCGAUUCCAAAUUUUACCCGACAGAGCGACCGGGCAAGCAUGAUCCAGAGGUGUGUUUGCCACGACCACUUGGAUCUGACGAGGCAAAAGCCCGUUCAACCGUAUUUGAGGGCCUGGAAUUCAUCUUUGCGUGUAACCAUACAUACAGCAAGAUCGCACCCGUCAUCGAGGAAGGACGCGGGAAAUGCCUUUUGUAUGAAGGUACUUUGACCACUCAAGACCUUGCAACGUUUGCUCUGAAAUGCAAGAAGCCGGUGUGGGUUAUCCCAAAGGAGGACGAUGCCGCGACCCUUGUUCUAGAAGUGGCGCGGCGGACAUGUACGGAGCACAUCUUCCACGGUGACCUGCUCGACAUCAUCCUGUCAAAUGGGACACACAACGUGUUUCGCGCCUCUCAAGCGACUGGACUCAUGGAACCUAUUCCAAGCAGUCAGUUGGGUGUGCCGUCCUCCGCUAUGCCGCCUCUACCAAACAUGCCAGGAUCGAGCCAGAUGCCCCUGUCCAGUCAAAUGGCGCCGCCACCCUUGACGCGAGAAGCCAGUGUCGAAGUAGUUUCACCCCCUGCUGCCAAGCGUAUACGCGUUAAUGCCUUUGAAAGGAUGGCAGCAAUGAAACAGACGUCAGCAACGACGACAAAACGCUCCUCUGCCACUGGUAUUCACAUUCCAAAACCACGCGCCGCUGCGACACCUGCCAGUCAGUCACUUGUCAUGCCAUCCCUUUCGCGUGUCCCUUCAUCACAACCUCCACAAGAUUCCUACAAGACGCCAGCGAAGCAAUCGACUAUCAGUAGCUUCUUCUCACGAGCCCGGGGUUCUACUAGGAAGGAACCAACAAACUCAAGACAAGAAUCGCAAAUGUCACAGCGCAUACUUGCUCCAACAGAAGAGAUUGAAGAGGUUGAGGAAGAAGCUCCUGUAUAUGCACCUGCUGCUCGCGAGUUUGCAAAAAAACGUGCUGCUCAAGCAGCAGAGUUGUCAAUCGGGAAAGGAGUUGCAGCUGAGGCCACAUCGCCCGAGGCAUUGCCACUAACUACAACGGUGCGCAAGCGUAAGGAGCCCGUUGCCCAAAUCACGGAAGAUGAAGUCAUGCGAGAAUUGGAAACACAGAAAGAACAGAUUGACCACAAGGCUACUGAAGAGGCACAAGAAGCUGCUAUGGAUGUGGACGAAGAAUGGACUGGGCCGGCUGCUCCUCUUACGACAUUCCAGGUCAAGAGUGUUGCGCCGGCAAUUCAGACAACCGUAUCAAAUCGUGGGCACUGGGAUCCACGGUGGGAGGGACGGCCCAAUUUCAAGCUAUUUCGACCGAAAGGCGAUGUGGAGGCAGGUGACGUGCUGGAGGGUCAUUACGGCGGUCUGGGCUAUACUGUGCUGCUGGUGAAGGACACAGCAAAGCAAGACUUGGUUGGCAUGCGCGACCUGGACUGGCUGGAACGCGAGACGCGAGAAGACGAGCCUGCUGAACAGGUUGCUGUGCAACGGAACAAACGAUCAGCGAUCGGUGUAGGCAGACGAGCGGAUCCGUUGGCUUUUGCCUUUGACUUUGAUGGUGCAGAAACAAAUUCCAAUGACUACGCAGAGUCAGAUGAAGAUGAGCCCGCAACGAAUGGUCGCUUGUUCAUCGCUGAUUCGGAUGAUGAGGUUCAACCGGAUUGUACAAGGUCCAAUCGAAAGAGUAAGCAGGUGAGUGACAGUGAGGACGACGUGGAAAUGGUCGACGACGACGACGACUUUCCAGACACGGCUACUGUGCGUGCCACACCGGCUACAGUGAAGAGCCGACAAGGACGAUCGACCGCGAGCGCCUCACAGUCGUUUGCAACAGCAAAGUCUCGUGCUUCCAACACACGACCCACGAGGGCGUCUGUGCGGACAUCUCCUGCGUCAAGAAAGAGUCAGACGCAAGCACAGGAGAGUAUCGUACUGAGUAGCGAUGAUGAUGACGAUGAGCCUGCAGACAAGCUGAAGUUUCGCUUCUAGUUGGAAAGUCUAGCGACUCAAGGCGAAGCUGGCCUCCAUCUGCUGCACUUGUCGUGCACCCGUCGAGUAGAGAUAUCGAAUCUUGCUCAAGUCCUUCUCAUGGCGGUGUCGCUCAAAGUCUGAGCGUGCCCAUUUUGCGAGUUCUUGCCUCGAACGGGAGUCUGAGACUUGGCGGAGACUGCGAUGGAUUCGACGGUAGAGAUGCAAGCUACGGUUCCUUGCGAGGAAGUGUUCAAGCGAUAGAGUCAUCUCCCGUGGCAAGCGACUCGUGGAGGUAGCCAUGCUUCUGACAGAUGUGAGAGCCAGCCAAUUGGCAGCAGUAUAGACAGAUAGCAUUCUAGAAAGCAAAUGAGAUGUGUACUUGGCUAGGCAGCUGUACUUCGCAACGACUUGUAGGCAGAGUAAGUCUGAGUAAG